CGCGGUUCCGGGCGGCGCGGCCAUGGCGGCGCGGGGCGCGGAGGCCGAGGCGCUGUUCGAGGCGCACACAGCGGCCGAGCUGCGGGCGGUGGAGCGGCGGCUCCGCGCCGACAUCGAGCAGAAGCGGGAGGAGCUGCGGCAGAUGGUGGGCGAGCGGUACCGAGACCUCAUCGAGGCGGCCGACACCAUCGCCGAGAUGCGCCUGAGCGCCGAGCGCCUCCUGGGCGCCGUGCGGGGCCUGCAGAGCGGCGGCGCGGCCCGGCCGGGCCCCGCGGUCCCGGCUCGGCCGCCGGCUCAGCAGAGCUUCUACCGGGCGGCGGCGCAGCUGAAGCUGCUGCUGGACGUGCCCGAGAGGGUGUGGGGGGCAGUGGAGGGCGGCCGGUACCUGCCCGCGGCCCGGCUCCAUCUGCUCGGAGCCCACCUCCGCCGCCAGCUCCAGCUCGAUGCUCCCCGGGCCCGCAGCAGCCCGGUCCUUGCCCGCUUCCCCAUCCUGCUGCGGCAGGUGGCUGCCGCCAGCCACCUCAGAUCCACCAUCCUGCAGGAGAGCAAGGCCCUGCUGAAGAGCCGCACGGUGUCGGACCAGGCGGUGGCCGAAGCCCUGUGUGCCAUCAUGCUGCUGGAGGACAGCUCGCCGCGCCAGGCCCUCGCUGACUUCCUGCUGGCCAGGAAGCUGGCCAUCCAGCAGCUCCUCAACCAGCCCCACCACGGCGCAGGUAUAAAAGCUCAGGUGUGCUCGCUGAUGGAGCUGUUAACCACGACCCUGUACCAGGCCCAUGCUCUCUUCUACACCGUGCCCGAAGGGAUGCUGCCGGAUCCAGCCCUGCCCUGUGGUUUGCUCUUCUCCAUCCUGGAGAGCGCCACAGGCCAGCACCCAGCAGGGAAAGGGGGGGUUCUGGAGGAGGAGCUGAAGCUGAGCAGCUGGUUCCGGUACCUCCCGGAGGCUGUGGUGGAGUUCCAGCCGGCCCUGCGGACCCUGGCCCAUCCCAUCAGCCAGGAGCACCUCAGAGAGACGCUGCAGAAGUGGAUCACCAUGUGCAGUGAGGACAUCAGGGCAGGGGUCAGCAACCUGCUGGUGUAUGUGAAGAGCAUGAAAGGCCUCGCAGGGAUUCGUGAUGCCGUGUGGGAGCUGCUCACGAGCGAGCCCGUGAGCCACAAGUGGGAUGCGCUGUGCCAUCGCCUCCUGGACAAGCCUGCUUCCCUCUGGGAGGAUCUGCUGCAGCAGCUCUUCCUGGACAGGCUGGAGACCCUGACCAAAGAAGCGUUUGACUCCAUCUCCAGCAGCUCCGGACAGCUUCUCACCGUCGCCUUGCAGGAACUUGAAGUCCAGCCCAGCACCUCUGCCCCGAGCAAGCACAUCCAGUUGGAGCACAACGUGGCUCUGUUCCUGUGGUCAGAGAGCUCCAGCGACCUGCCCUGCGACGCGGCGUGGGUCAGCGUGGCAAACCGCAGCCCCUUCACCAAGAGCGGCCUGGCCAUGAAGGCGCAGGCGCUGACGCCGUGCGUGCAGAGCUUCUGCUCGGCUCUGGACUGCAAGCUGAAGGCCAGGCUGGAUGAUCUCCUCUCCUACCUCCCCGUGGACCCCUCGGCCAAGGAGGCUGCUCCUGCUGUGCAGCCACGCUCUGCCUUUGACCGCUAUGCUGAUGCUGGCACAGUGGAGGGGCUGCUCCGUGACCGCUGCAUCGCCUGCAUCCACCAUGUACUGGGCUGUGUGCGUGAAGAGCUCCAGCGCACGCAGAGCCUGCUGGGGGGGCAGGCGGAUGCUCCCAGUGAUGCCAGGCUCAACGCUGUCCUCUUCAUGGCCAGACUCUGCCAGUCCCUGACCGAGCUGUGCCCUCACCUGAAGCAGUGUGUCCUGGGCCGGUCGGGCAGCUCGGAGAUGGUGCUGAAGGAAACCCGCUCCACCAAGAAGCUGGGGAAGGGGAAAGGCCAGGAAGUGAGCCCCGUGCAGGCCAAGUGGCAGGGGGUGAAGGCAGAGCUCCUGCAGCAGAGCCUCUUUGCUUACCAGAUCUGGAGCUCGGCUGUCACCAAAGGGCUGGUCGAGUGCUUUACCCGCACGUUGCUGCUGGACACGGCUGGCUCUGUCCUGGCCACAGCCACCAGCUGGGAUGAAAUUGAAAUUCAGGAGGAGACCGAGUCUGGAACCACCGUGACGUCCAAGAUCCGGCUGCCCAUGCAGCCCUCCUGGUGCGUGCAGUGCCUCCUCUUCAGCCUGUGCCAAGAGGUGAACCGGGUCGGUGGCCACACUCUUCCCAAAGUCACCUUGCAGGAACUGCUCAGGGGCUGCAUGGCACAAGUGCUUGCUGCCUAUGAAAAGCUUAUGGAGGAGAAGCAGGAGAAGAAAGCAGGCACCUUCCCCAUGACCCAGAACAGAGCUCUGCAGCUACUCUAUGACCUGCGGUACCUGAGCAUCAUCUUGACAGCAAAGAGUGAGGAAACAAAACCCAGCAGGAUCAAGCACGACUCCAGGAUGGAGAAGGUGAUAGACUUCCUGGAGGGACACAUAGAUCCGUUUGACUUGGACGUUUUCACUCCACACUUGAACAGCAACCUGAAUCGCCUGGUUCAGCGAACCUCCGUUCUCUUUGGCUUGCUGACCGGGACGGAGAACCAGUACACGAGCAGGAGCGGCACGCUCAGCUCCCAGGAGCAACACAACAUCUUGCCAUUAGCAUCCAGCCAGAUCAGAUUUGGACUUCUGCCGCUGAGUAUGUCGAGCUCACGGAAGACCAAGUCUGCUUCUAGGAGCACAGAGAGAGUUCAGUGGGAUGCGGACCUCUAACUCCUGACGAAGCCUGGCUUGGGUAUUGAAGCCUGUGUGAGCAGAGUGGUUUGCUUCUCUUGCAAAGGCUUUGUGUUGUCCUGUUUCUGAGUUUUAGAAGUAGACAACGUUGUUACAUUUAAAACAUCCACUUAGAUGGAGAUCUCUAUGCUGAGGCUUGAGAGCCAAGGAAUACCUCACUGCUACAGGAAGCAGUAAUUAGUAAUCUCUUUCCUUUAGCUAUUAUUAACACAAUAAUCCAUCUGUGGUUAUGUCCCUUCCAUAGGGACAGAAAAGGUCUGAGUGUUACCUGAGAUGCUGAUGCAGUUUACUCUGCAACUCUUGUUCUCCAUUAUUCAUGGUCUGAGACCAGACCAGACAUAGUAUGAGGGUUGUUUGAAAGCCCAAAGCUUCACACUGAAGGUAUUCUUUACCUCUUACACCUCAGCUGGAGUAGAAGCGUGCAGUGGUGUGUGGCUCGCUCCUACCACUCCCCUCGCCUGCUGUGGUGGCACAUGUGUGUUGAGUGCUAGCCACACUCCUGUCGACACCUGACAGAUGCUUGCUCCUUCUUUUAUGCUCAAAUGGUUCUGGAGAGGUUAAAGUCCGCUUUGAAUGACAUCAAAAGAGUCACCUGUUGCUAACAACAGCCAGAUGCUGUGCUUCUGCUGCUCAGAACAGUCUGUCACUCACCACCUGGAGUGGCACCGCUUCGGUUGUGGUUCAAGCUCCCAUUGCCUGGGAAGAGCUGUUCUGUAGCCUACACCUCCUUGCAGUGGCUGUAGUUGAGGGUGGGGAGAACUCAGAGGUAUGCUCUAAUAGUUACAGAUGCUUUUGUUACAUGAACUAACAGGUUCCAGCUCCUGUACUCACAAGAGCAGAAGAUGAGGCGUCGCGCCCUGGCUCUUUGUUCAGGCAGCUUGUAACCGAGGAGGAAGACACAGCAGCACCUUCUCUCUUCAAGCUGGGCUGGCUUUCUGGCAUGACCAAGUGACCCAGUAAAAACUGAAACAUC